UCUACAGAUCAAGUUCCAGGACAGCCUCCAAAGCAAUACAGAGAAACCCUGUCUCAGAAAAAAAAAAGAAAAGAAAAGCAAAACUAGCUUACUGGAUAUUAUUUAUUUGUGCUGGUUCACACUUGGAACACCAGCACUUUGGAAGCUAAGGCGGGAGGAUUGCCACAAAUUUGAGGUCAGCCUGGGCUACAUAGCAAGACCCUGCCUUCCCAAAACGAAAGAAAGAAAAGCAAGGGGAAAAGUUAAGGCUUUCUGUGAAAAGUACUAUGCUAAUCAACGACCUGAGCUCUGAUCCUUGGAACCCAAUAAGAGCCAUGAGCUCUUGUAACCCAAGCACUAAAUGGACAGUCAGUCGGAUCCCAGGGGCUUCCUGGUCAACUGGUUUAUCUAAAAAGUCUAGCUCCAGGUUCAAUGAGAGACCCUGCCUCAAAAACUCAAGUGAAGAGCAACAGAGGAAGACAGCAGCCUCCACAGGUACACACGCGCACACGCGUGCGCGCGCACACACAGAGUACUGGGGUGGCAUGCAGCCUUGUGAAGUUCCCAGUGCAGGGCACUGCCCAAGCACUCCUCAUAGUUCACCCUCACCCAAAAGCUCUGGAGUGGGCUGUCACCAAAACUUUACAAACCAUAAGAAAGCUUAAGCAAUUGUCCCAGCACUGCCCAGCUAGUGGAUGAUGGACAUGGACUUGGCCAGAAGGAGUUUGUACCACAGAGGAGAUAGAUUUAGAGGAUCCACUUCCCAGAUGAGAGUUGCUCAGUUCCCACGUGAGUCUCUGGAGACAGCUUUCUCCCAACCCCACCCCGUGCUCCUGGGCCAGAAGCCCGGAGGGGUGCAUGCUUGAGUGUUGGUUCCCAUGAAUAAUUGAGGGUCCUGCAGCGCCCCACAGCUGUCCCCACUCUCUGAGCCGGGGAGGGGUGACGUCAUCUCCCCUGCCGGGCCCCUGCACCCGGGUUAUAAGGCUGGGGCUAUCCACUCAGUGGAGAGGUCCCUGUACGGACUCCCCACCAUGCUGCGCCGUGCACACACCUCCGUGGCGCUGCUGCCCCUGCUGCUGGCCCUGCUGCUGGGGGCUGGUGAGUCCGGAGUCCGCAGGGCGAUUAGGUGACAGGCAGUAGACCAGGGGUCGGGCUAUAGACAGGCAGCUGAACUUACAGAUUGGGGACAGCACACCUGGCAGGUGCCAGGCUGGUGGGCUGGGCUUCCGGGGGAGUUGGGAUCAGUACCACGGACAGUGCCUGCUUCUUCCUCUGCAGUCUCCCCGGCUCCCCUGGCGCCCAGACCCUCCAAGGAGGAGCUAACCCGCUGCCUAGCAGAAGUCGUCAUGGAGGUGCUGACCCUGGGCCAGGCCCAGAGGGGCCCCUGCACAGCUCUGCUCCACAGAGAGAUAUUUGAGAGAGAGCCCCAUGGCUGUGUGUCCCUUGAGGAGAAGAGGUUGCUGGGUGGGGACUUCACCAAGCAGGAGGCUGGAAAGGUGAGGGACGAGGAAGAGGAGGAGGAAGAAGAGAGGACCCACAAGUCUGAGGCACGGGAACAGGCCAUCCGCACACAGCUCCACAGCCAGCUCCGCCAGGAGGAGGAGGAGGGGGAGGAGGAGGAGAGCCAUCCAGCGAAGACCUUCGAGCGCAUGUGGGAGCAGCAUCUAGAGGGUGCCAGGGGCCCCCAGAAGCGGGUGGCCGAGAAGGCCAGCAAUGAGGAGACAGCCCAGUUCCGGGCAGAGGAGAAGGGCGUGCAGCUGCUGGGCGGAGGCCGCCAUCUGUGGCAGGAUGCUGAGAUGGUCGGGGGAGACAGGCAUCAAGAGUCUUCUCACCAUCGUCACCACCUGGAGCAGGCAGACACCAAGACCAAGCAGGAGGAAGAGGCAGAGGAGGUGACGGCUUCACAGCAGGAAGACGAUGUGGAGCGGCUGGAGCGCAUGAAGGAGCAGCUGAAGGAGGCCAGCGCCAUGCUGGGGGAGGCCCUUGGGAGGGAGGGCGGAGCCCACUCCAAGCUCUCCCUUUCCCAUACCCCCUAAGGCUCAGGACUGCUGACCUGAGCUCCCCUUCCAUCCGCCAGGAACUGGGAAGCAAGAGUGUGCCUGAGAACCAAGCCCGAGAGUCGUCUGAAUGGGGCAGGGGCUGAGUUCAGCCGACUCGGGACCCCGCCCCCGCCCUCCACCCCUGAAUAAAGUGCAAAGCAAA